AUGAUGGUGAAUGCUACAACCACAAGCAAACCAGAAGAGGCAGAGCGUUUGCCUUACUGGUCACAUGUACUGGCACUUCUUCUCUACAUAUUUCUUUUCCUAUUGGCAGUAUUUGGAAACGCUCUCGCUUUAUGGAUUCUUCGUACGAAACCCGAACUUCGCACGCUGACACACGCUUUCUUCACUAAUCUUGUUAUUGCCGAUCUACUGUUGGCGUUAUUAACCCCGUUCGAAGCAGUGGCUACCUUCUCAGCCGUUUAUGUGUUUGGUGAUUACGGCUGUAAAAUCCAGCGAACGUCGCUAUAUUUUUUCUAUGCUGCUUCCAUAUUGACUUUAUCGGCGAUAAGUCUCGAGAGAUAUGUAGCAAUAUGCUAUCCUAUGAAAUACGAUGAUUUUAAAAAACGUAAAACUCGAAUUAUUGUGUUUAUAUGGUUAGCAUCAGCAUUCAUUGUCAUUCCACAUAUAUAUCUAAGCGAGGAGCGACCUUUGAACGGCGAUACGGUAUGUUUUCAAUUCCAUACCACCCAUCAAACUCGCGUACCAUUCUUCUGGGGUUACUCUGUCCCUUGUUUCGUGCUACUGUACCUUUUACCAUUAAUAUUGGUCAGUUUCACUUAUUGGAAAGCUGCUAGGAAAUUAAUGGAGCUGGAAAAUCGGCUAGAAGUCACCUCGACAGUCGAUAUAUCAAUGACAGUUCGAAUGAGACACGAAGUGCUGCGAAUGUUGUUUGUUGUUAUAGUAUUCUUUGUACUUCAAUGGACGCCGUUUGAAAUUGUUGAGAUAUUAGACUCGGCACCCGGGGUAAUCGACGAUGUGAACCCCAUAAGUUCACAUCGAGUUGCAGUCAAUAUGCUUGCUUUCUCAAAUGCUGUAUGUAAUCCGAUCUUAUUUGGUUUUAUGUCAAAACCAUUCCGUGAAGGUUUCAAAGAAGCUGGAUUGAAGAUAAUGAAGUUUAUAUGCUGUGCAACUACCCCUCUGUGUUCGUGUUGGGAUAACGUACCGUUUGAGAGAUGUUGUAGUUUUGGUUUUCAAGACAGAAAAGAAAGUACUGCAGACCUUUCUUUGGCAGCUCCUAAUACAAGCACAGUGGAAAUUGACUGGGAGUCUAGUUUCGGUAGGCUAAGCAAUCCUGUAUCGAUUGUCGAAAGUGAGUUAGCAGACAGCGAGUUGACAGAGCGAUCAGAAUCUGAUAUGCCUGACAGCGUCGAGCCUCGGGAUCAUACGUUUUGA